ACGGGCUCCGGUUUAAACUUAGGCCGGGGAAAACAAGUCGGGCUCAGCUGCUAACGGCUACCGUAGCUGCUGGUCGGACUGUUGCCCACUCUACAUAUCGGACCGCGGGGCGAUCCGGGCCCCACGUGGUUUCUUAGGUUCCCUCAUCAGUGUACAUUGUGCAUCAUUCCAGUAGAAGUUAUCCAGAAUGGCAACGCUAAUCUAUGUUGAUAAAGAGAAUGGGGAACCAGGCUCUCACGUGGCACCUAAGGAAAGGGUGAAGUCAAUCAAAGCCUUAUCUGGAAGAACUCAGAUUUCAACUCCCAAGGCUGGCAAAGUGUUUACUUCAACUCCAGCUUUAUCCAAAUCUGUCAGAAAGGCUUUGGGGCCUGUCAAUAGGACAACAGAAAAGGAAAACGUGGUGGGGAAGAGAAAAGAACCUCUCAAACAGAAAAGGCAAAACUUCACUGCCAAAAAGAUGACUGAAAAGAUUCCCACAGGAAAACCCUCGGUUCCAUUCCCAAAUGAACCAUGUCCAGAAAUAGAAAAUUUCUUUCCCUUCAAUCCUCUAGAAUUUGAGAGUUUCGAUGUUCCUGAAGAACACCAGCUUUCAAACUUGCCCCUGGCUGGUGUUCCCCUCUUGAUGCUUGAGCAGGAGAAGUCACUCGAAAGGCUUGUGGAACUCCCACCCUCACCUGUAAUUCUGCCUUCCAUGGCCUGGGAAUCUGGUAAAUUGUCAGAUUUGUUGGAAUCGACUUCGAGCCUACUGUCUGCUGUGGAUGAUAUUGACUUGCCACCUGUGUGCUAUGAACGACCUGUUUGAAUGUCUUUUUAUUUUAUAGCAUGUUUAUAAUCACUUUUGUAUUAAUAAAGCAAUUCUUUAUGUACUAAAUUCUA